AAACCUUGAACUAGCAGACGUUCAGGCACAGUCAUUCUUGACGCUAGAGUAAACGGUCUAACGGGCGGUAAAAUCAUGGCACUUCUGGCAGCACUCUUCGCUUUGAUUGCAAUUUCUUCUUGUGCCAAAGCCGAAUCGGAGCCACGGUUCGUUGUCUCUCCAAAUGAAAUCAACCCGGGGAAAACAUCCGAGCUGACCGUCCGAUGCUCCAUCCCCCCAAAGAGCAAGCUUGGACUGGAAAACGCAGACGUCUGUUCCAUCAUCGUCUCUUACAGCUUGGUCAACGAGACCCACGGCUUCAAAGACGUGCUGUACGCCAAAGCUGGCGGGGUUGUUGGUGCCUACCUUCAAGAUAACCUCCCAAAAGAGAUCCAGUCUGCCGUUGCAAGCGGACUCACGUACCCACCCUCCGGCGACCCUUACGUGGAGCUGAGGAUCUUCAACCCAGCUUGGGCCACCGAUGCCUGGUUUAGGUGUCAGACACUCGGGAUGGACGACAUUGGUCACGCCGUCUUUGGCCUCACAACCUCACCGGUGCACGUCACAAGCGUGAAGGUGUAAAAUGAUAAUAAUAUAAUUGUCCUGAUUCCAUAGACUUGUAUUAUAGUAGUAACCUAGAUCGUACACUGCGUCCGGUUCACUAUGGCACGCACCAUUCGAGCCAGAUGAAAGGCACUUGCGGAAGCUGCCGCGCCCACAAGACUACAUGUAUAUUAAUAAGUAAUCACCCUUAGCUCCCCUCUUCCUUUUCUUUUUUUUUUUUUGGGGGGGGGGUAGUACACUAAGUUACUCUCCCGUUGCACCUCUAAUCGUUAGCACUUUUGGACUUAUUUGUGUUGCAAAUGCCUUAACACUCUAAAUAAAACUAAGGCUUUAUUGUGAAUCUCACUCUAGAGUUUUACCCACUAACGAGGGGUAAUUGUGCAGUCCACUAUGAGCACGCUUUGCAGAUAAACUUUUUUCGAGAGGAAAAGGUAGCGGCCCUGGCAGUGUGCGAUCUAGGAGUAGGCCUACAAGUUUAUGCAUACUUUCUACAACAAUAAAGAAAAUAUAGAAAUGAAAAUGAGUAUUGCAGAAAACGAGAUUUAAUUGUCGUGUGUUAUUUCUACGUUAUGUGUGUGUUAUUAUUAAUAUUGCAAUAUGAUAUACAGUCCAGCCCGCACAUAACAAAAUCGGCACAACGCAAUAUCUUUUCGCUAUGUAUGAAUUUCGUAAUGUACAUGUCUGAAAUGUAAAGAAUAAUGUUGUAUUGGUAUACGAAAAAAUUCAAGAUUGAAAAGCUC